AACCCAGUCGGUGUUCAACUCUUACCAAGACCAAUUCAUAAACAAGUCUUUCCAAUCCAUUCAUUUCGAUCACCUGAUCCAAGAGCUAUCAAACUAUCACAAUCUCAUUUGAAUCGUCAUGGCUUAGCAUCCGCCAUCUCUCCUGCUUUACCAGCUCCAUCAUUUCUUUUACCUACUCUUCAGGGUGAAACGAUUGAUGAUCAUUUUCAAAAACUAGGUCAUGAUCGAUCUGAACCGUAUCUUUCGAUUUCAAAACGUUUCACUCAAAUCCAAUUACCAUCGGCUCCUACUAAUUGGGCACAUCAACCGGGUUGGACAAUUUAUCAUUCAGAUGGUUCUUUUGAGAGUAUAGAAUAUCCUCCGAUUCAUCAUGAUGCACUAGUCUUUGAUGUCGAAACUUUACCUUCUCAUACUCACUAUGCCAUCAUGGCUACAGCCGUGACUAGGACGAAUUGGUUUAGCUGGUUAUCUCCUUGGCUUCUUUCUCAAUCUGAUCAACCUGAUCAAUUGAUUCCAAUGCCAUCCGGACAACAACCUAGGUUGAUCAUUGGUCAUCAUGUAGGCUUUGAUCGGGCUAGGAUUAGUGAUGAACAUUCACUUGAACGCUCUACGACUCGUUUCAUGGAUACUAUGAGUCUUCAUAUUGCCACAUAUGGUCUCUCAAACCCUCAAAGACCGGCUUUUGUCAUCUCACAACGAUCAAAGAAAGAAGCCACACCUGAUGGCUCGGAUAUACCGCCCUCGACCGCUGAGGAUCAAUUGAAUCCAUCUCUCGGCUCCAAGCAAUCAACACUCGCACAAACCCCGGAAACUCAAGCCCACGGCACUUCUUGGACUGAUGUUUCAUCAAUGAACUCUCUUGACCAAGUAGCUCGACUUCAUUGUGGCAUCCAACUUGAUAAAUCCACCAGAAACGCAUUCUUAUCUUGGGACCGUCCUCAAAUCGUAGCUCAUCUCUCACAGCUUCUUGAUUAUUGUUCAGUUGACGUCUCAGCCACUCAUGCUGUCUUUAGUAAACUACUUCCAAUCUUUUUAGAACAAUGUCCUCAUCCUGUUAGUUUUGCUGGAAUGUUACAUAUGGGUAAUCCAUUCUUACCUGUGGAUGAGACGUGGGAAAGGUUUUUAGAACGUGCUGAAUCUACCUAUGCUCAUAAAUCUUCAGGUGUCAAGACGAGUCUUUUGAAAUUGGCUGAAGCCACACGUAAAUUGAUGUUUGCAAGGAAUCCAGCGACUGGUCGAAUGAUAUAUGAAGAUGAUCAUUGGCUCAAACAACUUGAUUGGAAUCCUAAAAAAGCUCGCUGGACUGAACUUAAAUCUCAAGAUCCGACGAAACCCGUUCUACGUGAUGACAAACCUACGUUACCUGCCUGGUUUGCAGACUUACGCGACUCCAAUGAUAAAAAGAUCAGUUUGACUACCAAAAGUCAAAUCACUCCAUUAUUACUUCGUCUCAGUUUCUUAGGAUUUCCUUUAUAUAGAUCUAGACAACAUGGAUGGACAUUUCGAAUCCCCUUAGAUCAACUCAUCGAACCUUACUUAUCGAGAUGUCCAUUAGUCUUUAGUUGUGAACUUGAUCCGAGAUUUGUAGGAGAUCAAUCUGAUGCAGUUUAUUUCAAAUUACCUCAUCCUAGUGGAGAUGAAGAGAAUGUAGGUAGUCCAUUGGGAAAAUCAUUUGAUCUUGCCUUUGAGAAUGGAGUUUUACAAGCUACACCAUUUAAAAAAGAUGAUUUACCUACUUCGGGUGCGCGGGAGGCUGUGUCGAUGAAUAUGCAGUGUAGUUAUUGGCUUAAUGCAUCUCAAAGGAUCAAGACUCAGAUGGUAGUUUGGAGGCCUGAAGAAAGUAAAAAGAAGAUCGAGUUGGGGACUCAAAUGUCUCCUACAAGUUUGGAACGACUGGAACCGGAGAAACGUAAGCAGGGUAUCAUACUACCUCAAGUGACGGUGAUGGGUACAGUGACGCGACGGGCAACGGAGAAAACUUGGUUAGCGGCUGCUAAUGCUAAAAAGAACAAGAUUGGCACCGAGCUAAAAUCAAUGGUCCGAGCCCCACCUGGCUAUGCUAUUGUCGGAGCUGAUGUAGAUUCAGAAGAAUUAUGGAUCAGUAGCGUGAUGGGAGAUGCACAAUUUGGGAUGCAUGGUGCUACAGCCAUUGGAUGGAUGACAUUAGAAGGGACUAAGAGUGCAGGGACCGAUUUACAUUCCAAGACGGCUACUAUCUUGGGAAUCUCAAGAAAUGAAGCCAAGGUGUUUAAUUAUUCACGAAUCUAUGGUGCAGGAGUGACACAUGCCAUUCAACUUUUAAUGAAAGCUGAUCCUAAAACAUCUAAAGAAGAAGCCAAUCAAUUAGCCAAGAAAUUGUAUAGAUCGACUAAAGGACUUAAAAACUAUCGAAGUGAAAUCUUUGAAAGAAGGUUUUGGUACGGAGGAACUGAAAGUUUUUUGUUUAAUAAAUUAGAAGAGAUCGCUUUGGAUGAUGAACCUAAGACACCUGCCUUAGGAUGUGGAAUCACAAGAGCUUUGAGAAAAGCACAUUUACCUACUAAGUCUGUAGGCAUCGAUGGUGGACCUGAUUUUAUGACUAGUCGAGUGAAUUGGGCAGUUCAAAGUUCUGGAGUCGAUUAUCUUCAUUUAUUGAUUGUGGCUAUGGAUUAUUUAAUAGAUCGGUAUGGGAUUCAAGCUAGGUAUAUGAUUUCGGUUCAUGAUGAGAUUAGAUAUUUGUCGGUUUGGGAAGAUAGGUAUCGAACAGGACUUGCUUUACAAAUUGCGAAUUUGUGGACUAGAUGCCAAUUUGCAUUCAAGUUGGAGAUGGAUGAUUUACCACAAAGUUGUGCUUGGUUUUCGGCUGUGGAUGUGGAUCAUGUCUUAAGGAAAGAAGUCGAUUUGAGUUGUGUAACACCUUCGAAUCCGAAUCCUAUCCCACCAGGUGAAUCACUUGAUAUAGAAACACUUUUAAAACGUUUACCAGAAGGAUUAGGAGACGUUCAAAAACCUUUGGGGGUUUUGGAUGAGCUUUUUAAAUCUGCUGAUUCGAUUAAGGUUAAUGAACAUAGAAGUGAAAAUUUAGAAUGGCUUGAAGCUCAAGCUUCGAGUGAUCAAGAUGAAGUCAAAAGGAUUUGGGAAUCGAUACGUAAGCCUCGUUGGAAACGAGAACAUGGAGAAGAACAUAUGUUUGGAAACAAAGUUUGGGAAAUGAUUCGGGCGGCUGAAAGGAAAGAUGAUGGUUUGAACUGGGAUGAGAAUCGGUUAGGAAAAAGUCAGAUUAGAAAGAGAUUGGAAAAUGAUCGAGUGAAGAACAAGAACAAGAAGAAGAGGUUUGGGUUGGAAUUGGAAUUGGGAAGAGAGGAAGAAGAAGGAAAUGAGGCUUGGAAAAGGUUUGAUGAGGUUAGACGUGCUUCUACUACUACUCCUAGUAGUGAAGAUGAUGGGAAAGGAAAAACAUUACAAACGGUUUGA